UGACCGGUUCGAUGCUGGUCCGGCAUAAAGCACCCUAGGCCUGUUUGCCUACGGAACCAAUAUCGCCGACGGCGAAGAAGCAUAGAGAGAGAGAGAUCGAUCUGGAUGGCGGAAGGGGAGAACAAAGGGCUGGUGCUGCUGGACUUCUGGGUGAGCCCGUUCGGGCAGCGCUGCCGGAUCGCACUGGCGGAGAAGGGGGUGGAGUACGAGUACCGCGAGGAGAACCUGAGGGACAAGAGCCCGCUGUUGCUCAAGUCCAACCCCGUGCACAAGAAGAUCCCCGUCCUCAUCGACCACGGCAUGCCGGUGUGCGAGUCCCUCAACAUCGUCCAGUACAUCGACGAGAAAUGGCCCGACCGCGCGCCGCUGCUGCCCGCGGACCCCUACGCCCGCGCCCAAGCCCGCUUCUGGGCCGACCUCGUCGAGAAGAAGAUGUACGAAUCUGGAACGAAGCUGUGGAAGCUCAAGGGAGAGGCCCAGGAGGAGGCCAAGAAGGAGUUCAUCGAGAUCUUAAAGCUCCUGGAGGGCGAGCUGGGGGACAAGAAGUACUUCGGCGGCGAGACCUUCGGCUUGGUCGACAUCGCGCUCGUCCCCUUCACGGCCUGGUUCUACAGCUACGAGGCCUGCGCCAACUUGAGCACCGAGAAGGAGACCCCCAAGUUGGUGCCUUGGGCCAAGCGAUGCAGGGAGAGGGAGAGCGUCUCCAAGUCUCUUCCGGACCCCCUCAAGGUCUACGAGUUUGUGUGCUUCCUGAAGAAGGUAUAUGGAAUCGAGUAAGGUACGGCCUUAGUUGCAGCAACUGUUAGUCUACUGUGUUUGAACUAUGCAGGAUGGAUGUGACAGUGUCGUUAUGCUAUCUGUUUUCUCCACGAAUCUUCUUGAAUAAUUACAAAGACCGCAUCUCGCCGCUUUGUUGCGACGAUUUUGAUUGUGGAUGGCAUAGAUGUGGUCUUCUUCUCUGUGCUUGAACUAUGAUCGAACUGUGGUCUUGUUCUCUGUUUUCUCCCUGAA